GAAGCAUGAGCUGGUUGAGAAUGCGAUUGUCGAAAUCCGGUGCAGGAGACAUCGCCCAUGUUGCAGAUCGGGAGCCGAAAUUCAUCUUCUGAAUCCAACCCCACAAGGUGAAACUUUGUAAAGAGAUACGUGAAUGGAUAGCAAUCGAAAGUAAUGGAGGGACGAAUUGCGGAUGCGGGCAAUUCGCCCGCAGAUGAAGAACAGAUCCAGAUCCGGGAGAGCUCGUUGCGUGCGCACGUACUAGUUAUCCCUUUGAGUAUAAUCUCGGUUUCGCAUGUCACUUCGGCCGUGUUGCUGUCAGCCAAGCUCGCCAAGCAAGACAUCACUGUCACAAUCUUCACGGACCGAUACAUGCUGCCACACAUACACUUGUUUCAUGCGCCCGAAGCGCUGCAAAGUCUCGACAUCCGAUUGGCCAUUAUGAACCACGAUGAGUGGGAACGUGAGUUGCAUGAAGACUGGAGCAGACCAUUUCAGGACUUGUACGACGUGAUGCGAGCUGCAGAACCUUACUUUCAAAAUAUGGCCUCUGCCAGAUCCUCAGGAGCUGCCGGCCUACCCACAUGCGUCAUAGCAGACAUGUUCUGUCUUUGGGCUCAGAAACUUUCACAUGAACAGAAUCUACCAUGUUACGCGUAUUUCCCUUGUGGUGCAAAUUUCGCUCGUCUUCUUCAAGCGUUUCCGGCUCUCAUUUCGGAACGAAGGUUUAGAGUGGGAGAGAAUGGCAAAUUCAUCAAAAGCAAACAGACUAUCACCGUCCCUGGUCUUCCACCUCUUUUGGACAUAGAGCUGCCAAAUUCCACCAAAAUAAACCCUGUCUCAGUGAGAGUGGAAGCGGGACUGGAUUUGUCGAAAGUAAACGGUGUGAUAAUCAACACCUUUUACGAAUUGGAAAGUCAUCCCAUUCAAGUCUUCUUGCAGGCUUGCGAUCCUACGUUGCAUACGUCAUUUGCAGAUUUGUAAUUUACAGGCUCAAACGUCCAAACAGAAUUUUUCUUCUUUCAGAUACUGGUGGGUGAAACC